AUGACUACAAUGUACAUCUCGAAACUGUUGCUGAUCGUCGCGUUAAUCGGCGUUGUUCUCUCAAAAACCGAUGUCCCCACCUUUAACAAAGAUUCUACAUUAAAGGCUCAGAACCCAGCCAAGAACCUUGAUUUAUCGACCAAAAAAGCCGACAUCUCAGCGAAGAAUCCGGCUGUAUCGUCCAAGAAAUCCGUAGCUAGCACGGAUACCUGUCAAGAGAUCGAAGCGGCUUUCCAAUCGGUGGUCGAAGCCAACGAAGAGCCGGCUUGUCGUUGUAUGCCGAAAGGAUUCGGCGGCCACGAUGACGAGGGAUACGUGUUUGUUGGCUGUACUCGCCAGAACAUGCCUUCCAUCUACAGGGCGUUGAACGUGCUGAACGAGACCAACAUGACCCAGUUGAAGAUCUGGAACUCGUUACUCAAUAUUCUGCCGACUGAUCUGUUUAGCAAGGUAAGCUUGACAUCAGAUAACGAUGUUUAUUUAGAGUAACAACAGGUUUUUAUUCAUUUUUUGUAAUGUUAUCCCACUUUAAACUCGGACUAUAUGUCCGAAAAAGUGUUUUUUGAUCAUUUCAGUAUAACAACUCAUCUUCCUUGAUCUAGUUCUUUAGUUGUUUACUAAGAGUUUUGAAAUUUUCCAUUUCCGCCUAUAAUAAAUUGUAAAAAAUGUAGAUUUUAUAAUACAACAACAUAAAAUGAGUUUUUUUUCAAUGAAAAUAUAAAACAACUCUUUCAGGUCCGACCAAAGGUCUUGUCCAUCGAAAAUUCGGGCGUAAGCGUCUUUCGCAAAGGCGCCUUCUCCAACUUGGGCUCCCGCCUCCAAAGCCUCUACCUCAUGAACAACAUCCUCAAGAACUUUGACAAACACACCUUCAACGAGCUGUCGAACCUGGAGAUGCUGGACAUGUCCGGCAACAAACUCAGCGCCAUCAAAGCCGACCAAUUCGGACCAUUGGCCAAGCUGGAGCACCUGCAUUUGACCAACAAUCAGAUUCAGGAAAUCGAGAACGGAGCUUUCGCUUUGCUGAAGAACUUGAAGGUCUUGCAUUUGGCUGGGAACGCCUUGAGCAACAUCACCAAAGACACUUUUAAGGGAUUGGAGAAUUUGGAGGUCUUGCAGUUGGAGAACAACAACUUGAAGAACAUUGAUGCUGGUGCGUUCAGUGGAAUGAAGAAGCUCAAGGUUUUGGACUUGGGUCACAACAGCUUGCACAAUGUAGGUUUUGGAUUAGAAGUUUAAUAAUUUUUGACUAAAACUUCAAUUUUAUUUUUAUACAGCUAAAACUACUGAAUCCAUUAUAAAAAACUACAUUAAAAUCGAUAUUAACCAAGCCUCAUUUCAGAUCCAACUCGAAUCCCUUCCUCAGCUCGAGACCCUCCUUCUCAACAACAACAAGCUCCAGUCAAUGAAGAGUGUCACCCUGAAGAGCAUCCCCAAGCUUUCUACCCUCAACUUCGACAACAACAAUAUCGUUCAAAUCGCUUCUAAUGACAUGGACUAUCUGACAGAGAGUCGUGAACUGAACUCAUUGUCCUUCGUAGCCAACAACAUGACACACAUCGACGCGUCGGCCUUCCGCUACUGCCCAAAACUCACCAUUCUGUCACUUCAAAACAACAACUUGACCUCAUUGAGCAGUGUACCAAAAGGCGGUAAUGGUGCCGUUUCUUGGCUGAAGCCCUUGACCAACCUUAAGAGCCUGUUCCUCACCUGGAACCAGAUCUCGGUCCUGAAGAACGGUGAACUGAACGUGAUUCCGUCGUUGGAAGAGGUGAGCAUGGAUCACAACAAGCUCGGUACCAUCGACAAGGAAGCACUGACCGGUCUUCAGCUGAAGAAGUUGUUCUUGAAUGGGAACGAGCUCUACUACCUGCCCGAAGGUCUGUUCCAGGGCUGGAACACCGAGAACAUUUACUCUGUCGACUUGGCCGAAAACCCAUGGGAAUGCAUUUGUGGCCACGAAUGGAUCGGAGAAUGGCUACGCAAGCUCGGCGACCGUAGCACACCUUCCGGUAAUGUAGGGUGCUUGGCCUAUCACUGUGGUAAUGAUGUGGAGGAGACUCCGAAGCACUCGGCCUGGAUCACGGUAGUCGCCGGCAUCCUGGCCUUUGUCGCUCUACUGUUCUUGGCCGCCAUCGCCUAUCUGUAUAUUCAGGAGACGUGUGGAAGAGCACCAAUCCCGCUGAAGAGGAUCCCCAGCGAUAUGGUACGACUGAUUCCGUCGAUGGAAAGCCUAUCGUUCCCGAAUCCGGUAGCCGGCGAGCUGGGCAAACCCAUCAUCAAGCCCACGACGCCGCCAGAAGACGGCAAGAAGGACGAGAACGACAAGAAACGAGUACGAUUCAACGGCGUGUAA